AUGGCCGGAGGGGCCUCCGGGAGGCUUCCGACGUGGAAGGAGAGGGAGAACAACAAGAGGAGGGAGAGGAGGAGGAGGGCCAUAGCCGCGAAGAUAUACACGGGCCUCAGGGCUCAGGGCAACUACAAGCUCCCCAAGCACUGCGACAACAAUGAGGUCUUGAAAGCUCUCUGCACCGAAGCCGGUUGGGUCGUUGAAGAAGAUGGUACUACUUACCGAAAGGGAAGCAAGCCACCUCCGGGUGAGAUCAUGGGUGCUUCAGCGAACAUCAGUGCAUGCUCAUCAUAUCAACCGAGUCCGCAGUCCUCGGCAUUUCCGAGCCCUGUCCCAUCCUACCACGCCAGCCCCACAUCGUCGUCCUUUCCUAGCCCUACCCGGUUCGAUGCCAAUCCGUCGUCGUACCUCCUUCCGUUCCUCCGUAACAUCGCUUCCAUCCCUACAAAUCUCCCUCCCUUGAGAAUUUCCAGCAGUGCCCCUGUGACGCCUCCUCUCUCUUCCCCAACUUCUCGGAACUCGAAGCGGAAACCUGACUGGGAAUCCCUCUCCAAUAGCUCAAUACAUAAGUCCUCCUUCCGCCACCCUCUGUUCGCCGCCUCUGCCCCCUCCAGCCCCACUCGUCGCCAAAACAUGACGCCUCCAACAAUCCCCGAGUGCGAUGAGUCGGAUGCCUCCACAGUGGACUCUGGCCGAUGGGUGAGCUUCCACCAAAACGUGGCGGUGGCUGCAGCAGCUCCGCCUUCGCCUACGUUUAAUCUGGUCAAAUCUUCGAGUCAACAGGGUCCUCUCAAGGAUGGAGUUGAACAAAAUAGCAGUUUGGCGUGGGUAGCAUCGUCCGACAGGGCUUGGGGCUCUGAAUUUGAGUUUGAGAAUGGAAGAGUUAAGCCUUGGGAAGGUGAGAGGAUUCAUGAGAUUGGGGUGGAUGAUCUGGAGCUCACACUAGGGAGCAGCAAGGCUCGUGCUUAA